CGUUCCCCCAGUUCCACUGGAGUGAAGAUGGCGAGUUUGUGUGCGCGCGCGGCGAGGCAGAGCUGUCUCAGGCUGCUGUCACCUUCAGCCUUCAGAGUUACGCCCCGUCUGCUCUGCACGGCGGCCCAGCAGAAGAGCUCUGGAGCGGGAUCGGAGGAGGAGAAUGGAGCACAGAAACCCGAACCACCCGCCGCAGAGAAGGUCUUAACUGAGGAGAAAGCUCAGCUGGAGGAACAGGUCAAAGAACUCACGGACAAAUACAAGCGGGCGCUGGCCGACACAGAGAACAUUCGGCAGAGGAGUCAGAAGAUGAUAGAUGAGGCUAAGCUGUAUGGAAUCCAAGGCUUCUGCAAAGAUCUUCUGGAGGUGGCCGACAUCUUGGAGAAGGCGACGCAGAGCGUGCCGAAAGAGGAAGUGAGCUCUGAGAAUCCGCACCUGAAGAACCUGUACGACGGGCUGGUGAUGACGGAGGUUCAGAUCCAGAAGGUCUUCUCUAAGCACGGUCUGGUGAAGCUGGACCCCGCUGGGCAGAAGUUCGACCCUUAUGAGCACGAAGCCCUCUUCCACACCCCCAUCGAGGGCAAAGAGCCCGGCACAGUCGCAUUGGUCACCAAAGUAGGCUACAAGCUUCACGGCCGAACCCUCCGGCCGGCCUUGGUGGGUGUAGUGAAAGCCCCCUAGGUGAAAGACCCCUAAUUGACUUAUGUAUGGCCUGCUCACAAAUUUGUUCUUUCUAAGCAACUGUUGCCGAGUUGGACAAGCUUUACAGAACCCUGG